UGGAAUGUCUUGACAAACAUAUAUUUGCUCAGUACUUGCACACACAGGACGCCAUAUAGGAAUCAAGGAUGCUACGAACCGCACUUUUCAAUACCACCCGCUGUGCAGCACGCCCCACGCUGUUCACACGUCCAGUUGCGAGACCAACAUAUCAGGUCUUCGCACGGUACGAGUCGAGCAAAGCUAAUGACGCUCUGAAAGCUGCUCGUAAGGCCAAGGACAAGCUCCAGAAGGACUGGCAAGGUCCCGUGCUUACAUACGAGCAAGUCAAGCCCAAGACCCUUAGUCCUAGUACAGACGCCUAUCUGAUUGACGUGCGUGAACCAGACGAGGUUAUGCAAGGCUCUAUUCCGUCCUCUGUGAAUCUGCCACUUUCGGUACUGGCUAACUCGUUCCACCUCGCGCCCCAAGCCUUCAAGGCACAGCAUGGUUUCGAGAAGCCAGGAAAGCAACAAGAAGUCGUGUUCUACUGCCGCAGUGGAAAGAGGAGUGCUAGUGCGUGCGAUAUCGCACGGAGAAAUGGAUACGAGAACAUUCUUAAUUAUGAAGGGUCGUGGCUAGAUUGGACGUCACGAGAAGUAGGCAAGGGAUCCACAGCUUGAUGUACUUCCUCGCAAUUUUUUUAAUGAUAUAACACGCAUAGUACAGCCCUCGAGAACAUCUUCUCUUGUUUACCGGUUGUAACGAGUUUGAGAACCCUGCAUGAAUUUCAGAAGCGUAGACAAUACUU